UAUAUAUAUACAUGUCUUCCCUCUUAUCUCUUCCUCACAUUCCUCACCAAACACAAAGAUAUGUCUUCUUUCAAAAUAUUCUUCUUCUCAGCUCUACUCGCGGCUGUGUUUUCAGCCUCGGCAGCUGACUUCAACAGCGACGUCAACGUAGCAUGGGGAAACGGCCGUGGGAAGAUACUCAACAACGGCCAGCUUCUUACUCUCACCUUAGACAAGUCCUCUGGUUCUGGUUUUCAAUCCAAAGCAGAGUAUUUGUUCGGAAAGAUCGAUAUGCAGAUUAAGCUCGUGCCCGGUAACUCGGCAGGAACAGUAACAACUUUCUACCUGAAGUCAGAAGGAUCGACUUGGGAUGAGAUUGAUUUUGAGUUCUUGGGUAAUAUGAGUGGAGAUCCUUACACUUUACAUACUAAUGUCUACACUCAAGGUAAAGGUGACAAAGAACAACAGUUCCAUCUUUGGUUCGACCCAGCCGCGAACUUCCACACUUACUCAAUCCUCUGGAACCCUCAAAGAAUCAUAUGGACCGUCGAUAAUACACCGAUUAGAGAGUUUAAGAACUCUGAGCCUCUCGGUGUUUUGUUUCCAAAGAGCAAGCCGAUGAGGAUGUACGCGAGUUUAUGGAACGCAGAUGAUUGGGCAACGAGAGGCGGUCUGGUUAAAACGGAUUGGUCCAAAGCUCCAUUCGUGGCUUCUUACAGGCACAUUAAAUGUGAUGGGUGUGUUCAUGCUAACGGCCGGUCGUCUUGUAGCUCGACGAGACCAACCUCUAAUUGGUACACUCAACAAAUGGAUUCGACGAGCCAAGCUAGGCUCAGAUGGGUCCAGAAGAAUUAUAUGAUCUACAAUUAUUGUACGGAUAGUAAGAGGUUCCCUCAGGGAAUCCCUCGGGAAUGUGCAACAAGCGCAUAGACUUUCAAAUUGUUCUAUAUGUAUUCUCUAUGUUCCUCUGCUUUCUUUCUAUCCUAUGUGAAUGCUCUGUUACUUCUUUUGUUACUUGUGUUUGAUUCUUUUGAUUGUAUAUCGUUGUCCAAUAAAGCAAAAGGGUGUGUCUACAUAUGUAAGAGAUGUUUGUGAAAAAAAAAAUACUCUGUUUUAUGAAAAUGAUAGUUCUUUUUA